UUUUUUUUUUUUUUCGCAAUUUCCACUCGCGGGGAGCAGGAAACCCAGCGCAGCCGGGCGCAGUGGGCCGCGAUGCAGCAGGAGCAGCAGCAGCAGCAGGAGUCGCCCCGGGGCAGCAGCGGUAACGGCAGCAGCGGGCGGCGCUAAGCCGCCACCGCCGCCGAAGGAGCCGGCCCAGCCCCCGCCGCGUUCCGACCCCCGCGCUGCGAGCCCUGCGCCCCGACCCCCGGCGCCCCAAUCCCAACGCCCGCGUCCGCCAACUUUCACGCUGCCUCGGCGGCCCGGCCCGGCUCGACGCCAAUGGUGGAGGCCAUAGUGGAGUUUGACUACCAGGCUCAGCACGACGAUGAGCUGACAAUCAGCGUGGGUGAGGUCAUCACCAACAUCAGGAAGGAGGAUGGAGGCUGGUGGGAGGGACAGAUCAAUGGCCGGAGAGGUUUGUUCCCUGACAACUUUGUAAGAGAAAUAAAGAAAGACAUGAAGAAAGACUCUCUCUCCAACAGAGCUCCAGAAAAGCCCAUGCACGAAGGAGCCAGUGGCAACUCCUUGCUGUCUUCUGAAGCCAUUUUAAGAACCAACAAGAGAGGUGAACGACGGAGACGGCGAUGUCAGGUGGCAUUCAGCUACCUGCCCCAGAAUGAUGAUGAGCUUGAGCUGAAAGUUGGAGACAUCAUAGAGGUGGUAGGCGAGGUGGAGGAAGGAUGGUGGGAAGGUGUUCUCAAUGGCAAGACUGGAAUGUUUCCUUCCAACUUCAUCAAGGAGCUGUCAGGAGAGUCGGAUGAGCUUGGUCUCUCCCAGGAUGAGCAGCUGUCCAAGUCAAGUCUAAGGGAAACCACAGGCUCUGAGAGCGACGGGGGUGACUCAAGCAGCACCAAAUCAGAAGGUGCCAAUGGCACGGUAGCGACUGCAGCUAUCCAGCCCAAGAAAGUUAAAGGAGUGGGCUUUGGAGAUAUUUUCAAAGACAAGCCAAUCAAACUGAGGCCGAGAUCAAUUGAAGUAGAAAAUGACUUUCUGCCAGUGGAAAAGACUAUCGGGAAGAAGUUACCUCCAACUACAGCAACUCUGGACUCAUCAAAAACUGAAAUGGACAGCAGGACUAAGACCAAGGAUUACUGCAAAGUAAUAUUUCCAUAUGAGGCGCAGAACGAUGAUGAAUUGACAAUCAAGGAAGGGGACAUAGUGACUCUGAUCAACAAGGAUUGCAUCGAUGUAGGCUGGUGGGAAGGCGAGCUCAACGGCAGAAGAGGAGUGUUCCCAGAUAACUUUGUGAAGCUACUUCCGCCGGACUUUGACAAGGAGGGGAAUAGACCCAAGAAGCCUCCUCCUCCAUCCGCUCCUGUCAUCAAACCAGGGCCAGGCACCACUGAGAGAAAACAUGAAAUUAAAAAAAUUCCUCCUGAAAGACCAGAAACACUUCCAAACAGAACAGAAGACAAAGAAAGACCAGAGAGAGAACCAAAACUGGACCUCCAGAAGCCCUCCGUCCCUGCCAUCCCACCGAAGAAGCCUCGGCCGCCCAAGACCAGUUCCCUGAGCAGACCUGGCGCACUGCCCCCGAGGAGGCCCGAGCGACCACUGGGCCCGCUGACACACACGAGGGGUGACGGGCCAAAGAUUGAUUUGGUGGGCAGUACACUCUCGGGCAUCCUGGACAAGGACCUCUCGGACCGUGGCAAUGACAUUGACCUAGAAGGUUUUGACUCCGUGGUGUCAUCUACUGAGAAACUCAGCCACCCAACCACAAGCAGACCAAAAGCUACGGGGAGGCGGCCUCCGUCCCAGUCGCUCACAUCUUCUUCCCUUUCAAGCCCUGAUAUCUUCGACUCCCCAAGUCCCGAAGAAGAGAAAGAGGAACACAUUUCCCUUGCACACAGAGGAGUGGACGCGUCAAAGAAAACUGCAAAGACUGUUACCAUAUCCCAAGUGUCUGACAACAAAGCAUCCCUGCCACCCAAGCCAGGGACCAUGGCAGCAGGUGGUGGAGGGCCAGUCCCUCUGUCCUCGGCUGCAGCACCCUCUGCUCUGUCGUCCUCUUUGGGAACGGCUGGACACAGAGCCAACUCCCCAUCGCUGUUUGGCAUGGAAGGAAAACCAAAGAUGGAGCCUGUGGCCAGCAGCCAGGCAGCCGUGGAGGAGCUGAGGACCCAGGUCCGCGAGUUGAGGAGCAUCAUCGAGACCAUGAAGGACCAGCAGAAACGGGAGAUUAAGCAGUUACUGUCGGAGCUGGAUGAAGAGAAGAAGAUCCGGCUGCGGUUGGAGAUGGAAGUGAAUGACAUAAAGAAAGCUCUUCAAUCAAAAUGAAUACUUGAUCAAUGAGAUGUCGCAUUAUUCAUCCUGAGUCAAAGACUCAAAUUUUCUGCCCCAGCCAAAAUAAUCUUGUGCCAAAAGAUUCAAGGUUUGCCUCAACAUGCCCCUGUUUGAAAGAUUAGCACAAAAGUCUUGAUAGCACAGCACAAGUCCCACCCAAGAGGAGAAUCUUGCCCGUGGUGUCGUCCUGGCUCUGGCGCUAGGCGCGACUUCAGCAGGACACAUUGUGCUAACGGCUUUUCUACUUGGAGAUCUCACGUGAAACGAAAACUCAGGCAGUUUAGUCCAUAGUGGUACUAUUUUGAUGAUAUUUUCCAUUAAUAAAAUGUAAUUUCAGAUGAUUCGUUUACAAGCUUUAUAAUUUUAUGAUUUUUUAAAAAUUGUGUUUUGUCACAGAUCCCCUUAGUGCGUGUGGCACACACAGCCAGGAGCGAGCGGCCCUUCCCCGGGCUUCGGGUGGCGAGCUGCCUCGCUUCGUGUGCCCUUUAGAAUUCUGUCACAUAUGCAAUUGUAGACCUAGGCUGUCCCUGCCCCCGCCAGCAAACCCCACCAGCCCGAGAGAAGUGUGAGCUUCUGUAUGAACAGAGAGAGGAAAGUCUGGUAUUUGCAAUGAUCUGUGCCUUCUUUCUACCACCCCUCUUGAUUGGAGCUUUUGUGAUGCAGCUACCAUGAUUUUAAAAAAUCAACUCAAACAACGAAAGUCAGUAGAUAAAAAUGGCCGCUCUCCCGACUCCACGAGAGGCCACUGUCGCCAAAGGCCGGAAGAAGAGACAGCCCCGAGGCUGGGCUGCUCCUUGGAGCCGACCACAACUUGCCCAGUCCCUCCCACUUUUAAGUCAUUCAUCAAACUAGAAAUGUCAUCCCUGCUUGAUUUCUCAUCAGCCAAGUUCAGCCCUUGCUUCCUGUCCUUUGCACCUUUUGUGUGAACAGAAUAUGCAUUAUUAAAGCAAAAAUAAAUAAAAGCAAAAUACAAAUGAGAA